UGGGACGCACUGCAGGCUGCGCCCGGAUCUUGGCUGAAUCUGACGCUCGGGGUGGAGAAGCCCAGCACAGCAGCUACCCAGCGUGCGCCCAGCCCUCCCACCGCCGGCCGCGGCUGCCAGGAGGCCGGCCGCUGGCGGGAAGGGGUCAGGAAACCUCAGAGCCGCGCGUAGACAGCAGCCGCCUUGUUCCGUAGCCCGGUGGCUUUUUUUUUUUUCCGCCUCCCAGGGGCCAGACAUCCCCGUCCCAGUACCGCCCACCGCCCCCCCACCCCCCACCGCGCCGUUUCUUUCCGCCCUGGCUCUGAAAGCGUUAAUCCCGGACCCCAGCCCCACUCCCCCGCUCCCGCCCAAGGUUCCUAAAAAAGAAAGGUGCAAACUUUGGUCCAGAUAGGGAACGAAUGAUCAAAGCGAAGCCGAUACUUCCUGUUGCCGGGACACUAUAUAUAACGUGAUGAGUGCACGGGCUGCAGAGACGCACCGGAGCGCUCACCCCGCAGCCGCCGCCUCUGAGCGCCUGAGGUUUCCCGGGGACCACAAUGAACAAGUUGCUGUGCUGCGCGCUCGUGUUCCUGGACAUCUCCAUUAAAUGGACCACCCAGGAAACCUUUCCUCCAAAGUACCUUCAUUAUGACCCUGAAACCUCUCGUCAGCUGAUGUGUGAUAAAUGUCCUCCUGGCACCUCCCUAAAACAGCACUGCACAGCGAGGCGGAAGACCCUGUGUGCCCCUUGUCCUGACCACUACUACACAGACAGCUGGCACACCAGCGACGAGUGUCUGUACUGCAGCCCAGUGUGCAAGGAACUGCAGUACGUCAAGCAGGAGUGCAAUCGCACCCAUAACCGCGUGUGCCAAUGCGAGGAGGGGCGCUACCUGGAGCUGGAGUUCUGCUUGAAACAUAAGAGCUGUCCCUCUGGAUUUGGAGUGCUACACGCUGGAACCCCGGAGCGAAAUACAGUUUGCGAAAGUUGUCCAGAUGGGUUCUUCUCCAAUGAGACGUCAUCUAAAGCACCCUGUAGAAAGCACACAAACUGCAGUGCACUUGGGCUCCUUCUAACUCACAAAGGAAAUGCAACGCAUGACAAUGUAUGUUCUGGAAACGGUGAACCGACUCACAAGUGUGGAAUAGACAUGACCCUGUGUGAGGAGGCAUUCUUUAGGUUUGCUGUUCCUACAAAGCUUACCCCGAACUGGCUCAGUGUCCUGGUAGACAAUUUGCCUGGCACCAAAGUGAACACAGAGAGCAUAGAUCGGAUAAAACGACGACACAGCUCACGAGAACAGACUUUCCAGCUGCUGAAGUUAUGGAAGCAUCAAAACAAAGACCAAGAUAUGGUCAAGAAGAUCAUCCAAGAUAUCGAACUCUGUGAAAAGAGCGUGCAGAGGCACAUUGGGCACAUGAACCUCACCUUCGAGCAGCUUCUAAGGCUGAUGGAAAGCUUGCCGGGGAAGAAAGUGAUGACAGAAGACAUUGAGAAAACAAUGAAGACGUGCAAAUCAAGUGAUCAAAUCCUGAAGCUUCUCAGCCUCUGGCGAAUAAAAAAUGAUGACCAAGACACCCGCAAGGGCCUGAUGCAUGCCCUAAAGCACUUGAAGACAUACCACUUCCCCAAAACUGUCACUCAGAGUCUGAAGAAGACCAUCAGGUUCCUUCACAGCUUCACCAUGUACAGAUUAUAUCAGAAGCUAUUUUUAGAAAUGAUAGGGAACCAGGUCCAAUCAUUAAAGAUAAGCUGCUUAUAACCGGAAAUGGUCAUUGAGCUGUUUCCUCACCAUGGACCAGAUCCAAUAAAUGAGUAAACUGUUUCUCAGGCGCUUGAGGAGGGUACAAUGAUUUCUUUCUCAUCACCAAGGACUAGAUUUGGCCACAGGGUCUGAAAAGAAACUAUGGUGUGGAGAAAGAACUCACAUCUCCCCCCAAAGUUUAAUCAAUCCCAAAUAAUUUAUCCAACUAACAGAUUUGGUCCAAUAUCUACUGACUAUAUUUUUCCUUGUUACUGCUUGCAGUAAUUCAACUGGAAAUAAGAAACUAGACUCCAUUGUGCCUUACUAAACAUGGGAAUGUCUAACUUAAAUAGCGUUGAGAAUUCAGCUGUACUAGAGGCUUUUAUUAGAAAGCCAUUUUUUUCUGUAAAAGUUACUAAUAUAUCUGUAACACUAUUAUAGUAUUUGCUAUUUAUAUCCAUUCAGAUAUAAGGUUUGUACAUAUUACCAUCCUGAAGGGAAACUGUGUAAGACUUAAUUUUAGAAAGAAAAAAAUAUAUAUUCUGUUUAUUAUUAUGACAAAUGAAAGAGAUAAAAUAUAUUUUUUAACAGAAUAUUUGUAACAUUUCCUAAUAGGUACUGCCAUUCUUCCUGUGUAGAGUAUUUUUGUAAUAUACCUUUACCUGUGUAAACUGAAUUAUCAUUUUAUAGAAAAUGCAUUAUUUAGUCAAUUGUUUAAUGUUGGAAAGUAUAUGAAAUAUAAAUUAUCUGAAUAUUAGAUGCUCUGAGAAACUGAAUGUACCUUAUUUAAAAGAUUUUAUGUUUUUACUAUAUAAACAACAUCAUUAAAGUUUUCAAAUUAUUUU